AUGGGGACUUUUGUAAUUAUCGAUACGUUGCUCAUGGUAAUUCUAAGGCUGUAUCCAAAGCACGACGGCGGCACGGACGAUUUGGACGCAAAUGCCGUGUUCUGGAGGCUAUUGGCAAAACACAGCACCGCCCGUUGCACGUCGUCUAUGGCCGCUCAGCCAGGCGGCGGUCGACUACCGGACGAUGUGUACCGUAAAAUUCGAGCGGUUGAUCAAGGGACGAGUACACUUACACAAGCUGGACUACAAGGUCUCAGUGCUAGGAUAUUAGAUAAAUCUGACACGAGGUAUCCGAAUUCUGCUGAGAUUUACACGCAGCAAUUGAUAGAGAUUAUCAAAAAGCCUGGUCAGUCGCUCGGCCUGUAUCUUAGGGAAGGCAAUGGCAUUGAUAGGAGCCAUGGUGUAUUUGCCAGUCGCUUUGGCGAAAACUCCGAGUUGGAAAAAUAUGGUGACGUUAUUCGACCUGGUGAUGAAAUUCUUUCCAUUAAUAAUGUCGAAGUGUCGUCGAUGUCGAUCGACGAUGUUGUUCUCAUAUUGAGUAUACCUAGGAGGCUUUUGUUGCGGAUACGAUACAUCAAGAAUCGCCGUGAUCAAGCGUCUACGACGCGGUCAUCUGAGCGGCCGGUCGUCGUUUUUCAUAAGUUUGAAGAACGAUCGGACGAAUCAGCAAGUGGCUCAAUACUUACUCAACCUACACCGACGGCGCAUACUUGGCUUGGCAAAAAGGCGCGACAGCAACAGCAGGAAAUGAAUCGGGUAUCGGUCCCUGGUAGCCCACGAUCGCAUUACUCACCUCGAUUAUUGAAUGGUCAUGCUGAACCGAUGCAAGAAAGGCAUCAGAGGUUCUCUGAUCCUGAUCCUUUGGAUACGGUAUCGCGUACAGCUCGUGUGCCACCUCCGAAGAUCUAUCCAACAGGUGUUGUACGAAGGACGGAAAGCUUUAAUUCUGCUCCUGGGGUCCUUGCGCCACCAAUGUACACGCUUCCACGAUCGUGUACCACCGUGCCAGCUCCUCCAGACCCCAUAACCCGGAUACAUGACCCGAUGUCGUCACGACAACACGAUCCUAUGGCUCGAAUAAUAGAUCCAGUGACAAGACGUACGGAUCCACGAUUGGUUAAUCCGGCAACUAUGUCACGACAAGAAGCUCUGUCACGAUCUCUUUGCUCACCUGUGUUGCCACGACCGUUGCGAGCUGUUGAUAGCAAGAGUAAUUCGUUACCGAGACGGAGAGCAAUUUCAGGUCCUCGAAAUGUGAAAUGGCGCACAGAUGUGUUAGCACAGAAUGCCAUGGGUGAUGACAGUGAUGGUGCCACAUCGGCUCCGGAAUAUGCUGGAAGUCCUGCUGGUUAUAGUCGGAGUAUGACGCAGCAUCUGCGAUUAUCCAAUGGUGGCCCUGGCAGAACGAUCAACGACAUCUUCUCUGCAGCCGAAUAUCGUAAUUGGGCUGGUCCCACAGAUCCCUCGAUGAUGGGCCGACAAUCGCGAUGGUCUCACACCUAUGGCGAAAACCGAGGCCAACGAUCGACAUCAUUACCUGGUCGAAGCAUCAUGGCACAGUCUCUUGUCGGCUCACCAGUGUUACCAAGACACGCUGCAGCCCAGGAUCGUCCUUCAGCAGUAUUGGAUCGAUACCAUGUAUCGCCACUGAUGAAUAGGCGAGCACCCUUACGGCCAGCUGGUCCAGGUAUCAACGUGGAUAGGUUGAACGUCAAUAGUCUCACGGGUAUUCUUUUUGUGCAGGUUUUGGAAGGUCGCGGGUUAAAAAUUCCAGAAAAACAAAAAGCUGUUACUGAAGAAAUGUACUGUGUAUUGGAAGUCGAUGAACAACAUCGAGCACGAACCGGUGUGUCAACGGCAGAGCAACGGUUUCGAUGGCGAGAAACGUUUCAUAUCGAUGUGUUCAACGCUACAGUUACUCAUUUCUUCGUCUACUCAUGGCAUCCGCAAUUUAGGCAUAAAUUAUGUCAUAAGGGGUCGCUGAAACUGUUGGAAGCAUUCAUUGUCGAUCAACUGAAUGGAGAUAGAAUGUUUGCGCUGAAUCUGGAGCCCCGAGGGCAGUUGAUUGUGCGGAUAGGAUUUCACGAUAUGAGAACAGUGUUUCGACGAACUGUCAAUCCUAGGAUGGAUGGGGUUUUUGGUGUACCUCUUGGCCGAUUGUUGUCUCGAGAAAGGCGGGAAACCCCAAUCGCACUCACUCGACUUAUACAAGAAAUCGAGAGACGUGGAGUCGAUUGUAAUGGAUUGUAUAUCUUAUGCGGCUCGGUAGAGAAAAAGAGGGUGCUACGUGAUGAGCUUGAGGCAAAUCCAUUAGGAUGUGAACUUUCCAUCGACAGUGUUCCUGACACGAAUGUGCUUGCUUGUCUCAUUAAGGAUUUCCUGCGAGAAUUACCCGAACCUUUGAUACCUCCACAAAUCCAUGGGAUGUUAAUUGACGCCGCUUCCGUAGCCUUACCGAACGAUAUGCAAGGAAACCGACAGCUGGUUUUGAGGAUCGUCGAUUGCCUAGCGCCACCCAGCAAGAACACGUUACUCCUCAUUAUGGAUCAUCUCACUACCGUACUCGCAUCUUCACCUCAUAAUGGCCUCACACCAUCGCGAUUAACUACUGUAUUUGCUCCUUUGCUGCUCUGUUGCGCUGAGUCACCACCAGUGAAAGAACUACGUCCGUUGGAUGUUCCACAAGCUGCCUCAACGCUCGCUCUUCUACUCCAAAUAUGGCCAUCUAGAGUCAGCGGAAGCGAAAGCAGUUCCGAAUCUCCAAGCGUCAUCGCGGGCACCGCGAAUGCGGUAUCGGAAUCUCAGUGUUGAGUGAGCGCAAGCCUUCUCUAUACACAAAUUGCAGAUUCGUCUUAUGCCCAAACCUACCAAUGAUAUUCUGCCGUUCAUUGUAUGUAUAAGCUCACCAUGACCUCAGUCAAGCUUGUCACAUCUUUUUCCAUUCUAGUCCCGAAGGCAGUGCGCAGGCU